AUGUGCUUAUUUAAUGAGGCAGUGAGACAACAUCCACCACCAGGGCAUAAGCUAGUAUGGGCGACUACGUUGCUCAGCGUGUGGACUUUGGUGGGAGGCACAAUCUACAUUUGCUGGAAUUAUCUACUGCUCAGGGACAACCCUUACGUCUUACUCAUUAUUCCUGCCAUCAUACUUCUCAGCACUAUUGCAUGGAUUUGGCGGUAUCGAUAUUUGCAACGCACAUUUCAAUGCAGCCUUGUUGAAUUAUGCAGCCGGGUUAAUGCAACUGAAAACAUUCGCGGCAUAAAUUAUCGGUUGACCAAGCACGGCAAUGACGUUUUGCAACCACAAGGAGAGCGGCCCUACGGUCUCUUUCGGCAUUCAACCUAUGCUUUGGUAAUCGAAUUUGAUGACCGAUAUCGUGCAUUGCAACAUCUCCAUCAUCCACCUGCUUCAACUGUGGUACCCAUGUAUUAUACUCCACCACCACCUAGUGCAGCCCAUCAUUGUCAACACGAAGAAAAAAGAUUCAGUAUGCAUCAUCCAUACGAUGGCAAUUGUAGCAGUGUAUAUUAUGAAAAGCAAUAA